AUGACUAGACGAAAAAAGAAGGAUGAAGAAGAGCAACAAGAAGAUAAAGAUGAAAGUUAUUUAUCCAAGAAUAAUGCAAAUACUACUAUAGAGCAAGAAGUACAGUACCUGAAGAAGCUAUUAGAAACAAAGAAUGAAAUAAUUUUAGAUAAAGAGAGGUAUAUCAAUCAAUUAGUUAAUGAGAACAGACGUUUACAGGAGCAUUAUGAAUUGAUCAUUAGCAGUAUAGUGGAUAAAGAAACCAUAAUCACUUCUUUGGGGAAAAUAAAUGAAAGAGUUGAAAAAAUAGAAGCUACUACCUCAUACACCCGUUGUAAUGAUGUAAUUAAAUCAUAUAGUGGAGCUGUAAAAGAGUCAAAAAAAAGCAGAGAUGAGAAGAUUGUAGAAUGCGAACUUACAAAAGAAAAACUGACCGAGCUCAUAUUAGUAAAGAUUUGAUAAAACAAGCUGCAAAUGAAGUAAUAAAUGGUACAAGUAUCCGUAAAGCAGCUAAAAAUAAUAAAAUAGACAGAACCACGCUUUCGAGGUAUGUCAAUAAAUUAAAAGCUACCCCUGAUUCUGAUGUGUUCAUGGAGUAUGCAAACCCUCGCCAAGUUUUUUCGAAUCAACAAGAACGCAUAUUAAAAGACUACCUCUUACAAGUGGCAUCUAUAUUUUAU